AUGGAAGGUAAACUUUAUCAUUAUCUAGAUAUCUUUAAAUCACCCUCAAAUAAAUACUUCAUAAUAAAAUACAAGACAAGAGGGCAGGCUGAUUAAAGUCUAAAUAAUAAAGUCAUUUUUAUCCAAAAGAGAUUUGAUUAGUAAUUAAGAAAUGCAGCCUAAGUAUGUGAAUAGGUAGGAGUGUUUUUGAGUUGCUUGGAUUAAAGAUCAUUUAUUGCUUUUGGUACAAUUUAGAAUGAACCAACUGAUUUCGAUUAUCUUACCGUAUUUCUAAAAGUUAACUCUUUAGGAAGAAUAGUAGCAAAAUUUAAAUAAUUUACAAGAAUUUUUUUAAUCUUUUGUGAAGGUAGAGUGGAUAUUUAAAGGAGUACUAAAUUUUGAAAAAACUUAAAAUAUAAAAAAUGAUUUAAAUGAAAUGAAACCUGUCAAUCAUUGUAAAGAUGUUUAAGAAUUAACAUGCUAAACAGCAGAAUAAGUAAGGAAUAUUGAAUUAUUCAAAGUUAUUAUAAUUGCUUUAAAAAUCAAAACCUUAUAAACCAUAACCUUAAUAGGAUAUUAGAAUACCACAUGAAUUUAAGAGAAUUUUAAGGAAUAAUAUUGCAGAUAAUGAUAGUGAUAAAUAUAAAAGUAGUAAAAGUAGAAGUCGAAAUAGAGAGAGGAAAGAAAAAGAUAAGGAUAGAAGAAAAUCUAGUAAAGAUAGAUAAAAAGAGAGAAAAAAUCAUGAUCGUAGAAGUAGAGAAAGGAGAAGCAAAGAUAGAAAAAGCAAAGAAAAAAGUUAAAGAAGAAGUAAAGAGAAAAAAAAAAAGAGUUAUGAAAAACAAGAGGAUAAAAGCCAUAUUAUAUCAGAGUUUGUUAAUGAUGAUAGUAUUCUAAUACAUAAUAGAUAAUAGAUAAGGAAUAAAGAGAUUUGGAUAGAGAAAAAGAAAGACAAGUAAGGGAAAAAGAAUAAUAGAAGGAAAAAGAUCAUAGAGAAUAAAGAGAAAGAGAGAGAGCUAAAGAAUAAAGAGAGUAAAAAGAAAGAGAUAAAGAAAAAGAAUAACGUUUGUAAAAAGAGCAAGAAAAAAGAGAGAAGGAAGAAAAAGAGAUGAUAGAAAAAUAAAAAUAGAAGGAAAAAGAAAAAGAGAAAGAAAAAGAAAGAGAAAGAGAGAAAGAGAAAGAGAAAGAAAGAGAAAAAGAAAGAGAAAGAGAAAGAGAGAGAGAAAGAGAGAAAGAAAGAGAGAAAGAAAGAGAGAAAGAAAGAGAGAAAGAAAGAGAUACUAAUAAGGAGAGAGAAAGAUGGAGAGAUAAGGAUUAUAAUAGAAAUAGAGAUAAAUAUGAUAAAAAAGAUGAUCAUAAGUAUAGAGAUAGAAAUGAAACAAAAUAUGAUUAUGAAAAAAAACAAAAGGAUAAAGAUAGAGAAAGAGAAAAAAAUAGAGAGAAAUCCAAAGAGAGAUCAUUUGAGAAAUCUGAAAGAAAGGAUAGAGAAAGAAGAAGAGAGAAAGAUAGAUCAAGAGGAGGUGAGAAAGAGAGAGAAAGGGAUAAUAAUAAUAAGAAAUAGAAAGAUAAUAGAAAAGAUGAUAAAAAGAAACGAAGUGAGGAGAGAUCUAAGCCUCAAUCAAGAAGUGAAGAUAAACGCUAAGAUCAUAACUCAAAUAAAAAUAGAAAGACCCUUGAAAUUGCUUCAUAAAGCGAACAAAUAGGAGAUUUCUAGUACCAAAAAUUAAUAAAAUAGUUCAUCCGUUUCAUUAUCUUCCCAUAAAUAAGAGAAAGACUAACAAGUUGUUGAAUUAGAAUAACUUUCUAAGAUACCUGAAUAGAAGGAACAAGUAGUAGACCUUGGAGAUAUUUUGAAUGUUUUGGAUUCCCCAAAACAAAAUGCUUAAUAAUUUUAACCACUUAUAUAACCAGUUAUAAUAACUUAAUCUGAAUAAGUAGUAUUAAGUAAAUAAAAUGAACCACAAUAAUCAAAUAUUCUAAAUAGUGAUUCAAAAAAAAGGAUUUUAUUAGUGAACCCGGAUAAAAGUUAAUCCAUUUCGGAUAAUGUUGAAUUGCAAAAUUAGAAAUAUUAAGGCACUAUGAAAAUUAUAAAAGAUGCUCCUCCAAAAAAUAUGUAAUAAUAAACGAGUCAACAAAGCUAAACAAAAAAGUCAGUAGUAAUUUAAGAAUCUAAAUAAGUAUUCAUUUUUAAUAUUCAAAAGGGCAGCGGAAUUUAGAUAAAAGAUAGGAUAAUAAUUAAAAAUAAAUGAGA